AACAGAUAAGCAUUUAGAACCGGUAGAAAAAAAGAAAAAAAAAAUAGUUUAGAGCAGUAAUGGCGACAUCUGUUGCGACUCUAUCUUCUCCUCCACCAGUUUCUCUGCCUCUCUCGUCAUCUCGCUCUUCCUUAUUCUCCAACUGCUUCACAGUAACGACCCGACCAAAGACCCGUUCUCUGGUGGCCCGAAUCCGACCGGAGCAGAGGAGAAAGGCACUCACUUGCAAUGCCCUGUUUGGUCUCGGUGUCCCUGAGCUUGCCGUGAUUGCUGGCGUCGCUGCGUUGCUUUUCGGACCCAAGAAGCUUCCUGAGAUUGGUAAAAGUAUUGGCAAGACCGUCAAAAGCUUUCAACAGGCUGCAAAGGAGUUUGAGUCUGAGCUUAAGACGGAGCCUGAAGAUUCUGUUGCUGGCUCAUCUCCGGUGGCAAUGAGCAACAAGGCAGAGGAGAAAACUGAGGUUUUGUCAAGCUCCAAGGAGAAUGUAUGAAGAAUGAUGAGGCUUUAGGAUUUGCUUUUUUUUUCAUGUAGCUACAACGGUUUAUGAAAUGAUUUUAGAUCAAAUACACUCUUGUUGAAGGAAGCAGAGUAGUCUUCCUGUAAGAAUUGGCUCCAUGGUGGUGUUUGAA